AUGGAUUAUCUAGGAAUUGAUAUCCGCUGCGCGACGGAGUCUCUCCGUGACGGCGAGUUUCCGGCGAAGGAUUGUCUUCUUCCUCUCAUUUCGAAGCUCCUCGGUUACUUCCUCGUCGCUGCUUCAAUGACCGUCAAGCUUCCUCAGAUAAUGAAAAUCGUGGAGAGUAAGAGCGUGAAAGGCUUAAGCGUUCCAGCGUUUGAGCUAGAGGUGGUUGCUUACACGAUCUCUCUCGCCUACUGUCUCCACAAAGAGCUUCCUUUUUCAGCUUUUGGUGAACUCGCAUUCCUCUGGAUCCAAGCUCUGAUCUUGAUUGCUUGUAUUUAUUACUUCUCUCGACCUCUCUCUGUAGCAACUUGGGUCAGAGCUGUUGUAUACUUUGCUUUAGCACCGACUCUGUUCACUGGGAAGAUUGAUCCUUUGGUUUUCGAAGCUCUUUAUGCUUCAAAGCAUUUGAUAUUUCUCUCUGCGAGGCUUCCUCAGAUUUGGAAGAAUUUCAGAAACAAAAGCACCGGACAGCUUAGUUUAUUGACUUGUCUGAUGAACUUUGGUGGAUCCAUGGCGAGAAUUUUCACCACCAUUCAGGUGAAUGCUCCGUUUAGUAUGCUUUUGGGUCUUUCUCUUGCGGUCUCCACCAAUGGAAUCAUCAUUAGUCAGAUUCUCUUGUAUCGUACAAAAGGUGAAGAAGAAGAAAAGCAAGUCAAAGAUAAAAAGAUGUCAUGA